CAAAAUAUCAGAGCUCCAUUCUCUGCUUUCUCUGCUCCUCAUCUCUCUACCCACAGAGCCUUUCAAACCCUAAAUACUCGUUCAGCUCUUUUCCUUCAAGCAAUUCCAACAAUGGCCCAAGUUAGCUUCUCGAAGGCAGCUGCCCUCUCCAUGCUCCUGCUGGUCGCAUCCCUGGCGACCAUCGUCUCCGCCCAGGAAAUGGCCCCGGCUCCCUCGCCCUCGCAGGUGACCGGCGCUGGGUUCUCCGUUCCCGCCUCCGGCGCUUUCGUCGCCGUCUCUGUCGUCGUGUCUCUCAUGGGUCUGUUGAAGAUGUAA